UUUAAAGAAGAAAGCUUAGAGCAUUACUGGAAGUAAGCAAGCAAGUAAACUGUGUUAGUUGAGGAAUCCUUCAUUUCCGUUCCGAUAGCGCCGCGCCGCGCCGACUCAAGUCUUCAACAUUGCACCGCCUGCUCCGCCUAAUCUUCAUUUCUGGGAGAUCCAUGGAGGCGUCCAUGUCGUUAGCUCAGAAUUCAGGUCCCUAUUGCGUGGCGGAGAAGAAGCCAUGCGUGGUUUGGGUGGAGAAGUAUUUCAAGGACUGUCUCUGCAACAUCAGCGACGACUUCUCCUUCGUUCUCGGCCUCUUCAGCCUCAUCUGCUGGGGCGUCGCUGAAAUCCCUCAAAUCGUCACUAACUUCCGCACUAAGUCCAGCCAUGGCGUCUCCCUUCUCUUUCUCCUCACUUGGAUUGCCGGAGACAUAUUCAAUCUAGUUGGCUGCCUUCUUGAGCCUGCAACUUUGCCAACCCAGCUCUACACUGCUCUGCUCUACACAGCAACUACAGUGGUACUAGUGUUGCAAAGUAUGUACUAUGAUUUCUUGUAUAGAUGGUGGAAAGACAAGGAGGAUGCUGGUGAUUCUAAUCAGCUGGUGGAGGAAGCAAAGAAGCCUCUACGGCGGAACAAAUCUGGUGGCUCAGGCAUUCCAAUACCUGAUGGGGCAUCCAGACCAGCACGGCAGCACCAGGCUGAAUACUAUUACACGUCAGCGAGAUCUAUGGCGGGUAGUGCAACUCCACCAUUUAGGUCUAAUUUGGUCAAGAGUGGCCCUUCAGCUUUGGGAAUGGACAAUGACUGCUCUUCUGAUGAUGAAACAGUGGAGGCACCAUCAAUGAAUUCCAUUAGCCAGCCAAAGCCUAUCCCACGAUCUGCAGGUUAUGGUGCAUUCUUGACUACUUCACUCAGCAUACCUCAUCAAACAAAGGCUUUGAUGCCUGUGUAUGCUGCACUUGGUGGAAGGAAACUGCUACAGGGAAGUGGAACAGAACACAGCAGUUUUGGGCAAUGGUUAGGGUGGAUGAUGGCUGCCAUAUAUAUGGGUGGCCGAAUACCUCAGAUCUGGUUAAAUAUCAAAAGAGGGAGUGUGGAGGGAUUGAAUCCACUCAUGUUUAUUUUUGCACUUUUGGCCAAUGCCACUUACGUGGGAAGCAUUCUUGUGAGAACAACAGCAUGGGACAAGAUCAAACCAAACCUGCCUUGGUUGUUGGAUGCUGCUGUCUGUGUCGGGCUGGACUUAUUCAUCAUACUACAAUACAUAUACUACAGAUACUGCAGAAAGAACAGCGGUGGAAGCAGAGAAGACUCCGCAGACUACAGCUAAAUGAGCAAACAAUGAAGACACAACACACAAAUGCAUUGACAAGAAAUAGUAACUUCUCAUCCUCUAGUCACAAUCUAAUGAUCACAGAUCUAUUGUUGUGUAACUUGAGUCUGAUAUUUAUCAUAAGACAACAUUUUCUGCUUCAA